AGCUCGCGAUCGCGCAUAGUCACGGACAGAAGGCAAAGCGGCUCGCAGCAGAGAGGCAUCGCCCUAGAUAACGGUAGAAUCGUGGGUUGGUGUCGUGCUGGUUUUUCGGCGAAGAGUGCUGCGAAAUCGUGGGAUAACGUACAACGCGAACCGUCCACGGUGGAGAGAACCGUGGGUCCAGGACAGAGGUUAUCCCGAGUGGUGUGUGAACGGGUGCCUUGAGGCCAGUGAGUAUCGGCUGUUCGAGGCGACCGAAAGGAGGACCGUGCCCCCCGAGGAGAGCUUUGGUGCACCCGCGCCGCGCCGUGCCGCGCGAGACUCUUCGUCCAGUGCGGAAUUUCUCGGGCCAGUGACACGUUCGUUUCUUUAUUUUCGUUUCGUGGCAUCGCACACGGUGCGCCAAGUCCACCGGAUCCUCCCCUUGGGUUUCAGAUGUGUCCGCUACGCCGACGGGACGACGAACCGAGCACAGGAGUAGGAAGCGAGUAAUCGCCGGAGAAUCUCUGUAGAUUGGGAUAUAGUGGGCCGCAGAGAAAGACGGCGAGACAUAGGAGAGAAAGAGGGACAGAGAUAGUGAACGAAGGAGUGCGCGAGGAAGAAAGGGACGGAAAGAGUGCGACAGAGGGCCGUUAGACUCCAAGUGCACGGGGAUUGUCGAGUACGCUGAACGGAUUCGACGAAUAUUUUGAAGGCGCCUAGAGAAGUGGCGUCGCGAUAAUUAACAAAAAGAGGGCGCAAGGUUGAACGGGGGUGGCACUCGACUCGAACACGCCUGUAGUGGUUUACCGAUAACGUUUUCCUGGAUUUCCUGAGGAUCCGUUCGACUGAACGCAACGAGAGGAGCAAAAACGUGGCGGAUUCGGUGACCCCUCGGCUGUGACCAGGCGCACAGAGAAUUAGGGCAAGGAGAUGCGUGAAUAUAAAAUAGUGGUGUUGGGUAGUGGAGGUGUAGGCAAAUCUGCCCUCACUGUCCAGUUCGUUCAAGGAAUCUUCGUGGAGAAGUACGAUCCGACGAUCGAGGACAGCUACCGCAAACAGGUCGAGGUCGACGGACAACAAUGUAUGUUAGAAAUCCUAGACACAGCCGGAACGGAACAAUUCACAGCCAUGAGGGACCUUUAUAUGAAGAACGGUCAGGGAUUCGUGUUAGUGUACUCGAUAACGGCGCAGUCAACGUUCAACGACCUGCAGGACCUCAGGGAGCAGAUCCUGCGGGUAAAGGACACAGAUGACGUGCCAAUGGUGCUGGUAGGCAACAAGUGCGACUUGGAGGACGAGAGGGUAGUGGGCAAAGAGCAGGGCGUCAACCUUGCCCGACAAUUCGCCUGUGCGUUCAUGGAGACCUCCGCCAAAGCCAAAAUUAAUGUUUACGAUGUAUUCUACGAUCUAGUGCGGCAAAUCAACAAAAAGUCGCCAGAGAAGAAGAUAAAGCAGAAAAAGAAAUCGCUGUGCCUACUUCUGUAAGGCAGAGAUCCAGCAGAAGCCCACACUCUCCUGCUUGAACAAAAAAUCCGGAUGUACCAGUGGAGAACAGGGGUUCAGGCGACUACGAAGCAGAUACUGGUGACGAGGAGGGGGCUGACGGAAUCACGAGUAAACGGUUGCAACACAGCGGGGCGGAGACGGAGAAUACAGAUGGUUGUAGAACACCAAAAGGAAGGUGACAAUGAGACACUGACGGAGGCGGGAGGCAGAGAGAGCAACGGGAUGACGACGAUGAUGAAGAUGGGGAGGGGAACAGCGAGAGGAAAAACUAAUAAUGUUGUAUAUACGUUGGUCCCGGGGUGGCUCGUGUGCACGCGCAAACACAGGCGCACAAAGAGUUUUAGUGUUAACGAGACCCCGUGGCGUCGGUUAUCAUUGUAGGAGUUUUGCAUUAAAGAAGAAGAAGACGAUGAGGAGGAAGAAAAAAAUAUGAUUAAUUAAUGAUAGUAUAUAAAUAUAUAUAUAUAUAAAUAUAUAAAUAUAUAUUUAGGAGGAAAGGAUGAAAAAGCAAAAAGAAAUGUUUGGACGUGCGCGUGCGCAGGCCACACCAGCCCCCAUGCGUCGCCCGCCGCGCACCUCUCUCUUAAAUAUAAUAUAAUAAUUAUACAUAGACGGUACACACACACACACACACACAUACACACACACACGAUGAUUAUUAUUACUAUUAUUAUUAUUAUUAAUUAUUAUCGAAGCAUCAAAAUAUUCAUAAGUUAUAUCAACCGUUUGUUUCUCGAACAAUAUAUGUUUUUUCUAUA